AUGUUUGGAAGUGCUAUAGCUCUUAAUGAGUGGAGAAAACUUUCAUAUACAAGUCUUCGUAUUAGUGGUAUUCAACAGGAUACAUUUCUGUCAUUCACAAUUAAACAAGUUUUUACAAAUGAUACAGGAGAAGAUGCAAAAAUUGUUUACUUAAUGCCCAAUGAUCCUCAAUUUAGUACUUAUGAUCAGCUGUUCAUUAUUGAUGAGAAAGAGAUCAAACCACAAAUAUGUCGUGAUGGUCAUGAAGAUAAUGAAUUGGAUGAGGAUUCUUUCGAGGAAGAAGGAGAUGAAGAUAACGGUAAUUUUGAUGGAAAAGGUUUUAAUGCAUUUGUUUUGGGAAAAGUUGGUUCAAAGAAAACAGUUGAAGUUCAUCUUAAAGUUUCUUUCAUGGCCCAGAUCAAUGAAAAUGGAUAUAUCUAUAAAUUCCCUCUGAUCAAUAAAAAUCUUGAAAUUUCCCUUUUGGAUGAUAUUCCUGACAAUUUCGAAUUUUCAAUUGCAAUAAAGACUAAAAAGGAAAUACAAGAAAUAAUUGUCUCAGCCAAAGGUACCAUGAAUGUUAUUGAUCCUCAUAAUGUUACAUUUGUUACAAAAACAUAUCCAAAUGAUCGUUCAAUUAUCAUUGAAGCACGUAUCAAAGAUAAAGAUAAGAGCAUUGCUAUUUCAAGUGAUGGCUAUAUUUCAAUUAGUACAUAUACCUUUUUUGAAGGAAAAGUUCAAGCAAAUACGGAAUUUUAUUUCAUUAUUGACUGUUCAGGUUCUAUGUAUGGUUCACGCAUUAAAAAUGCUAAAUCUUGUUUAAAUGUACUUUUGCAUUCCCUUCCAAUUGGCUGUAGAUUUUCAAUUAUCAAAUUUGGCACUAAAUUUGAAGUAGCCCUUGAGCCAUGUGAUUACACAGAUGAAAAUAUGUCAAAGGCAAUGCAUCAACUUGAUCUUAUCGAUGCAGAUAUGUGUGGUAAUGAUAUGAUUUCUCCAUUGAAGUAUAUUUCCGAGCAUCCCCAAAAAAAAGAUUAUAUAAAACAAGUGUUUUUAUUGACUGAUGGAGAAGAUGAUCGCAUUUCGAUUUGUGCAAUGGUCCAAGCAAAUAGAGAUAACUUCCGAGUAUUUACAAUUGGAAUUGGUUCUGAUGCAGAUAGAAAUCUAAUUAUAGAUGUUGCUAGAAAUGGAAGUGGCAGAUACAUCUUUAUUGAUGACGAAGAUGAAAAUAUGAACGAGAAAGUCAUUGAAUUAUUAAGAUUAGCAAUUUCUUAUGCUAUGAUGCAUGUAUGCAUAAAAGGUGAAAAGGCUCCUUCAGAAAUGUGGCCUUUGACAUGUCCUCCUUUGUUUGCAAUGAAUUCACAGAAUUUUAUAAUUAAGUCACCUUUCGUCGAAAAUGUUUCGAUAAGUGGAUGUAUUGAUAAUAAAGAAGUUACAUUUACUAUCCCAGUUUCAAAAUGCAAAGAAAAUAUUGGAAUGAAACAAUUGUUUGGUCGAAAUGUGAUCAAUGAUCUUGAAACAAUGUAUUCACAAAACCGUGAAGAUGAUAUCAUUGAGAGAUGUAUUGAAUUGUCUCUUGAUUCAGGUGUCCUUUCGGAAUUCACAUCAUUCGGUGGAGUUCAAUUCGAAUCAGGUCAUAAACAUGUUAAUUGUUCGAUUGCACCAGAAUCAUCCGAUGAGAAUCGCAGUCUUUAUAAAUAUCCUAUUAAACCUGAUUCAUUCCCUCGCGAUCAGAACCGAAUCGAAUCAUCAAACUCCAUCAGUUCUCUUAGUUCAGCUCCAAAAUCUGAAAGUCCUGAAACAAGUCAAUCUAAUCCUGUAAAUGACACUUAUUCUAUCAAACCAUUUGUCCCCAAACAAACAUAUCAUUUUCAAGGUUGCAAAUUUGAUAUGUUUUAUUGCAUUAUCUCAUUGAUUUAUGAAAUAUUCCUAUUCAUCUUCUCAUGGGCAGAAGGAACACCAAAGGCAGUAUCCUAUGAAGUUACUCCAGAAAUAAUAUUGCCUGAAGCAAUUCCUAAAGCAUCACAUAAAAUAAAUUCAAAAGAAUGCGAAUACUUAAUAUCUAAUCAAAAUGUUGAUGGAUCAUGGAACGACUUUGAUGGAAUAGAUCAGGGAAUUAAGUCAAAGUAUGGACAUAAAGUCGCAUCAACAGUUGCAGCUAUUGCAUAUAUCAGAUCAACUUGCAAAGAUAACUUGGGUGAAUAUUCUUUAUUGAUCAAGAAAGCCGUGUCAUUCCUAGGUAAUCAAGACAAAAACCUCAAUUGGGAUGCAAUGAUUCGCCAAAAUUAA